UCAAUUUAAAUAUUUUCUUGAUGUAUUUUGUAAUUCCAUCCAUUUUAUUUUUCUCAUUGUUCUUUUACUCAUCAACAGAUGAUUACGAAAAGCAUAAUACUCCUCCAACCCCUUCCCCAACUUGCCCACCAGACGGUACACCAUUUGUAUAUAGGAAUUUGAAAUAUGAAAGAGUUUCUUUUGGUGAUUGUUAUGGUAUUGGCUUUCUUCCUCCAAAGCAUAUUGAAAUCGAAAUUGAAAAGCACAACAAGUAUUUUUUAAUUGCUCUGUUUGGUUCGAACGAGUGGGGGUCUGAAGAGGGAUACUUUUAUCUUCAAUUCAGCACAUUGGAAUACAUCUAUGUCACACCAGGAUUCGAUGUUAUUGAAUUUAAAACCGACAACAAUUUUAAACUUGAUUUCUUUGCAUUGCAAAAUAAUACGAUUAAGGUUGUAAUUUCAAAUCCCUACGGAAAAAAUUAUGAGUACAUGCAUCAUGCUGAAAAAGAUCUUCGAAAUUUAUCAGCAGUUCUUUAUGGAGGUGAUCAUGUAUUGAAAAAAGUUACUUUGCUUAAAGACGGCUAUGACUUCGAAUGA